AUGGCAAAUAACAAUGAUGAUUCCCGAGGCGACCGCCAACGACCCGAAGAUAAUCCCUUCAUCGCCUUUCGCCGCUUUGCUGAUUCCCAAGUGUCAUCGCUUCUCAAUACCGUGUUCACCUUGCCAGCCACAAUCGCCAGCUACAACAACGCACAUCAGGCACGUGAACAAUGUCUGUUUGGGAAAGCCGAUCCGCGACAAUGCGACAAGCUUCGCGAUAUCGAAGCUGACAUUGCAGAGCUACGGGAAAAGGGAAGGGAGAUGUUCAGAAGGGGCGAUGUACAUGCCGUGCUACGGAGCAGCGAAGAGAUCACCCAGCUUGAUCGGGAAGCGGACGAGAUUCGGAGAAACAUACUUGGCGACACCGCGAAUGGCCAUCAAUGCCAGCUUAGAUGCCAGGACGGUACAGCGUUGGUGGAACGGGUGGCGAACGAGAAGGGUCAGGAGUGGGGAUGGUCGUGGGACUGGGGAUUUCCUAGACCAUUCGACCAAGACAAUAGAAGCUCCCUUAAAGCUUCGGAAGACGAGUUGGCCAAUGAAUGGGCGGAAGCGACAGCGCUGAUGCGGUGGCUCACAGAGAUGAGGCGACUGGACGACGAGUUCGAGAACAAACCCUUGGACGACCAUGAGCACGAGUCUCGCAUGGAAUCUUGGCUGGAUUCCUGGCAUUGGCCAACGCCAACAAAUUCAUCGACCCUCGACAUGCUCAAAUACUCACCAAUGCUACUUGAUCGAGAUGAUUUGAUGAGGCAAACUGGUAUCUCAUGGCGUGCUGCCUACGAUGAUUUGAUACAGGCCGAGCAGGCGGAGAGUCCGUACUGCAUGGGGAAAAGCGAGCAGAUGGCCCGGCCAUCAAGGAAGAUUCCCAUUUCACAGCACCAGUUUGAAGACUACAUGGAGAAAGACAUAAGGCGGACCCAAGGGAGGAUCCCAAUAACACAACGACAGCUGGAGGAGGUUAUGGACGAAGAUGGAAAGCACGGCUGCCCUGCCCUAGCGACAAGCAACGAGCCAAGCUACGAGUACAGUCACGAUCACGAAGACCAACACGAUGAAUCCCCAAUGCCAAACCGAGAGAACUUUCAGUUUACCGAUGCAUACAAAGGGCGCGGAAAUAGACAAGAAGACAACCAGGAUACAGAGACAGAGAUGGAUCACUAUGAGCGGCUAGAGGCCAUGUCUGCAUCUUCGGCAGCAGCCCACGGAACGAACGACGCAAAGCCCUCAAUCCUCUCAACACUUACAACGACUGAGCGUACCGUUUCCCCGGACGGCUCCAUCACGACAAAGGUUGUGCUUAAGAAGCGAUUCGCUGACGGACGCGAAGAGAGCACAGAGACUGUUCACACCCAACGCGGACAGGAAGAGGCACAACGACGUGAUCCCUGGAAGGCUUUCCGUGACGCGCAUGGGACACAGACGGGGAACGAGAACAAGGCAGGUCAGAAGCGGAAUGGCUGGUUUUGGUCUAACUAA